AUUAUAUAACUAAUGGAAGAAGGCGACAGCCCGGAGAUUAAGACUACAAAUAAUAUCAGAGAUCUUAGUUCAUUUCACCAUUUAAGAAAGGUCAAGCUUGAUCUAGAUAGUCCAAGGCUAAAAAAGUCCUGCUUUAAUUUAGGAAUUGAGCCAGAGGAACUACUUAUGAAGGACAAGGCAGAAUUUGAUAACAAAUAAGUUGCCAAAAGAUGUCGUCGAUCUUAGAUAUAAGCAUUUCAUGGCCAGGCUAAUAGACACUAUUAAUAGAGUUUUGCAUGAGAGAAGGAAGAUAAUUCUACAAGAAAGGAAAAAGGAGAAAGCUUUAACGAGUUCCCCAGCUGUUACAUUUAGCCAUAGAUAUGAAUCGAUGUUUGAUCGCCCAAGGAGAAACGGCUCAAUGGAGGCUCCAAAAGUGAAUGCUGACAUAAUGAUGUCUACCCAACCUGUCUUAAAUAAGAUUGGAUUGCCUGAACUCAAAGUAACUGAGUCUAUUAAAAAGGUCAGAGAUAGAAAGACAAAGCUUUUCAUGAUGGAUAAUGCUAAAGGAGAGAAGAGGAUUCAAGAUUAUCAGAAAAAGUGGAAGGAAGCCCAAAAGCAAAAGAAUAAAAUCCUUCAGAAUCAAGUAGAAAAAAUUCAGAAAAAGGAGCAAAAGAGACUUGAAUCCUUGAAGAAAUAUGAACAAAUAGAGAAAGCUCAUGAAAAGAAGGUCAGACAAGAUCAUAGGGAAUUUCUCCAGAAAUGAAAGAUAAAGGAGAAGAAUAGAAAAGAAAAGGAGAGAGAAAGAUACCUCAAAUUGAAAAAGCAGGAAGAUGAGUUCAAAGCUAAGAGAGGCAAUAUUAUGAACAUGCAGAAGGAAAAUGAGAUGCAGGAGUUUGAGAAAUCUCAGAAGUUACUAUCUGAAAUCACAGAUAAAAUAAACACUAGCAUGCAAAAUGAGCAAAUCCUUCUAGAAAGUACAAAGAAAUAAAGCAAAACAAUUCAAUGAUGAGGCUUAUGACAAGCUUAAUCAUUAUAAGAAGAACUCUGAUUUUAGUGACAAAGAGAAGCUAGAGAAGCUGUUUAAGCAGGAGAUGAAAAAUUUGAAGAAAAUAGAUAAUCUUCACAAAAGCUGUACUAAUUUAUGGGAUUCCAUUAAGAAGAAGCAUAAUGAAAAAUUUGAGCAAAUCAAGAACAACAGAUUGAAAGUUGGUAAGAUCAAGAAGAAGAAGAUUAAUGAGCUUAUUAAGAACCAGAACAAGAGCCAAGAAGCAAUAGAUGAACAUCAGAAGAAGGUUCAACAUAACAUAAUGCUGAAGCAAGAACUUCGUAAACUUCGUGAACAAGACAUCCAGCUAACAAUUGAGAGGAACAAAAGACUUGGGAAUAUUAAAAAGGAGGAGAUUAUACAGAAGAAUCUUAAAUCAAUCCAUGCAAUUCAAAAUACAAAAAUAGCAAAUGAGAUCAUGCAGAAGAAGAUGGUAGAGGAUAAUGUGAAAGAACUGAAGUUUAAAAAUGAUCUUUCCAGUCUUUUUACAAAGAUGCACAAAUCAAAUAGUAUGCCCUCUUUGGAGACAUAAUGAUUUUAGUAAAAUUCAGCCUGA